UUUGAAUAAAUUUGGACUGAUAAAAACCUCUCCGCUGGUUUUUUCUUGCAUCAAAAAAUUUUUUUUCAAAUCAUUUAUCUAGUUCUAAAAUUACCUUUUAUUCUUUAUUUUUUAACAUAAAAUAAAUAUGAGUACACCAACUGGAGACUUCGGUCUUAUUGGCCUUGCCGUUAUGGGCCAAAAUCUUAUCCUUAACAUUAAUGAUCAUGGCUAUACAGUAGUUGCUUAUAACAGAACUGUAUCUAAGGUGGAACACUUCUUGGCUAAUGAAGCAAAAGGCACUAAAAUUAUUGGUGCUAGUUCUAUUGAAGAUCUUGUUUGCAAAUUGAAAAAACCACGAAAGAUUAUGCUUUUGGUUAAAGCUGGAUCCGCUGUUGAUGAUUUUAUUGAACAAAUCAUUCCUCAUCUUGAUCAGGGUGACAUAAUCAUUGAUGGUGGUAACUCUCAUUUCCCAGAUUCAAUUCGUCGAAGCAAAUAUUUGGAAGAAAAAGGUUUCUUGUUUAUUGGAUGUGGUGUAUCUGGUGGUGAAGAUGGUGCACGUUAUGGCCCUUCUCUUAUGCCUGGAGGUUCUAAAGCUGCAUGGGAACAUGUAAAACCGAUCUUCCAAUCCAUUGCUGCAAAAGUUGGUAAAGAACCAUGUUGCGAUUGGGUUGGUGAAACUGGCGCUGGGCAUUAUGUUAAAAUGGUCCACAAUGGUAUUGAAUAUGGUGACAUGCAACUUAUUUGUGAAGCAUAUCAUUUAAUGAAAGAAGGACUUUGCUUUGACCAUGAUAAGAUUGGUGAUGUUUUCGAAUUUUGGAACAAAGGUGAAUUGGACUCCUUCUUGAUUGAUAUUACUAAAGAUAUUGUGAGAUUUAAAGAUGAUGAUGGUUCUCCCUUAGUUGAAAAAAUUAAAGAUACUGCUGGUCAAAAAGGUACUGGUAAAUGGACUGCCAUAUCAUCACUUGACCUUGGAGUUCCAGUUACAUUGAUUGGUGAAGCUGUUUACUCUCGUACACUUUCAUCUUUAAAAGAUGAACGUGUUCGUGCAAGCAAAAUCUUGCCAGGACCAAAAAAUAAGAAAUUUGAAGGAGACAAAGACUUGUUUGUUAAACAAUUGGGUCAAGCUUUAUAUGCUUCAAAAUUGAUUUCCUAUGCUCAAGGUUUUAUGUUAAUGCGUGAAGCUGCUAAGGAUCAUAAUUGGGAUUUGAAUAAUGCUGGUAUCGCUUUAAUGUGGCGUGGAGGAUGUAUUAUACGAAGUGCUUUUCUUGGUGAUAUUAAGAAUGCUUAUACCAAGAACCCGAAACUUGAAAAUUUACUUUUUGACCCAUUCUUCAAGAAAGCUGUUGAUGAUGCUCAAGAUUCUUGGCGUCAAGUUGUAGCACAAGCAGCUAUUCUUGGUAUUCCAACUCCAGCAUUAUCAACUGCUUUAUCUUUUUAUGAUGGUUAUAGACAUGAAAGAUUACCAGCUAAUCUUUUGCAGGCUCAAAGAGAUUACUUUGGUGCCCAUACUUUCAGAUAUCUUGAUGAAUAUACUGACGAUAAACAUCCGAAAGAUACUGACGUUCAUGUUAAUUGGACUGGUCAUGGUGGAAAUGUAAGUUCAUCAGCAUAUUUAGCUUAAAUUGUAUUAAAAAAAAAUGCAAUAUUUAUGAUAAGAAAGAUGAAAAUUUGCUUAAGAGAUAAUGUAUGUAAAUAAGCAACAUAUUUUGAUGUAAAACAGUUCAUAUCAAUUUGUCAAUAUUUCUUUGUAUAUGAUAUUUAAAUAUAAAUAAAUUAAAUUUUUGAAUAAAUAAA